CCAAGACGACAUCGCAGAGUUCUGCAGAAGGGUCCCAGAGACCUAAGGAGGUGAACGUGCGCCCUUAGUUAAAUACGCCUGUAGUUCGGUCUGGACGCGAGAGAAUACACUUUCCACCCACUUCUUAGGCACUGCUCACUCUUAAGAGGAAAAAGGAACAAAGAGGAAGUUCGAGGCCGCCGGUAAAGCUAGGCUACUGCAAUGUCGAAGAGGGCUGCUGGACGCGUGCGGUGGGGCUCCGUGUGGCUGCUCUGGGUUCGGAUGUCGGUGUUGGUGCUGGAGCGCUUCCAGCUCAUCGCAGGUUUACUGCAAGUGGAGAUGGCAGAGAGGACUCAGAUGGUUUUCUUGAAUGAAAAUGUGACUAUCUUUUGCAAGAUCGCUGGUUCAGCACAGCUGGACAUCAAAAGUAUGGGUAUCACCUGGUUUCAGAAGACUCAAAAGUCUGAAACCUACACCAAACUGUUUGAGUAUUUCGGGAACCACAGGGAGGCAUCCCAACGUGGAGCCUGUGUGUCUCUACGGAGUCUGGAGAUGGGAGACGCCUCACUGCAGCUGCCUGGUGUCCGGCUGGAGGAUGCAGGGGAGUACCGCUGUGAGCUGGUGGUUACUCCUCAGAAGGCUCAGGGGACUGUCUGGCUGGAGGUUGUAGCUCAGCCAGUCAGCAACUUGUCUGAACAAGUCAUGGUGAAAGAUAGCGGGGACAAACAUAUUUUAUGUACAUCAAGUGGGUUCUACCCAGAGCAUAUUAACAUCACGUGGAAAAAGUGGACCCAGAAUGAUCCCCACUUCCGGGAAUUUUCUAAGAACAUCACCACUGACCACAUGGUCAAGAAUGAGGAUGGUACAUUUAAUAUCACUAGCCACCUGAGGCUGAAGCCAUCUCUGGAAGACAAUGGGACCAUCUAUCAGUGUGUGGUAUGGCAUGUAUCCUUGCCCACAAUCCAGAGUUUCAACUUCCGCUUGAUUCUACAUCCAGAAUCUGAGAAGAAAACUGACUGGUUCUAUAUCAGAAUGGGUGUAUUAAUCAUUGGACUGAUCAUAUUAAUCAUUGCAUACUUUUUUAAUGUUUUUUUCUUAAGAAAAGGUCAGGAAAAAUGCUGGAAAUGGUGCCUGCAGAAGGAUGAGGAGAGAGGGUCUGUGCUCGUGUUGUCCAGCUCUAUAGACUGCCAGGCUCCUCUGUCCAUGGAAUUUUCCAAGCAAGAACACUGGAAUGGGUUGCCAUUUCCUUCUCCAGGGGCUCUUCCCAACUCAGAGAUCGAACCCAAGUCUCCUGCAUUCCAGGUGGAUUCUUUACUGCUUGAGCCACUGGGGAAGCUGGAGAAUGAGAGACACUGUAAUCAGAGACUUCUGGAGGAUAAGAGACCCUCGAAGCUGGAACUGGAUCAGAUGACCGCUUCCUCAGUGCAUCAGCAAAUCUAGCUAAGAUCAUCAGUGCCAACAGAACUGACUCUUGAGUGCAUGAGACUUAUUUUUCAAAGCCACUUGAAAAAUAAAGCAAUAGAAUGACUUGUUAUACAGCAAAAGCUGACUGAUACAUUUCUUCUGGAAGCUGGAUUUUGACCUAAACGUGUAGUUGCCAUGGAGAUGUGCUGCUGAGACUCCCUUCAAGAGAGAGCCUGCUAUGAAGAGGGUACUUAGCCACCAUGUUCCAGCUAUGGCAUCUCAGGCAUCUGCUAUAGUUUUCAAGCUUACUUGAAAGCAAUGCUCUCCCUCACUUAUCCCUUCUUCCUCCCUUCACAGAUAGUGGACCUGUGUCAAAGUUUCAGUCAGAACUGUAUUUAUUUCCCUCUGAUUUCAGUUCAGUUCAGUUCAGUCGCUCAGUCAUGUCCGACUCUUUGCAACCCCAUGAAUCGCAGCA